AUGGAAAUUUUGCACCAAAUUGAGCAGAAAAAUAAAAAACAACGUGGUGGAAGAUUUGUCUUGUCUCCACAAGAUGUUUAUAAUAAUUUGAUAGAGAAUAAAGAGGAAGAUAGUAUCGGCCGUAGUAUCAAGGAAGCAUUGGAAUGGGUUUGUGAACAUGGGUGCAUUUUGGAAACAAAUUGCACCUACAAGGGAAGGUUUAUGCCAAUCACAUACUUGCGUGAGCCAUAUAUGCGUGUCACAACUUUCCGUCAAAUAAACCUUCAACAACAUGUGUUAUCAAGGACUGAAUUAGAAAAAUGUGAAUCUAAAGUUAGAGAAGCAAUCUUGAUAGCACCAGUUGCAGCUCAUCUAAUAUGGAUUAAUGAGAUGCAACAAAUAAAGGACGGUAUCUACUCUGGCCCUAAAGAUGAAGCAUCUUUUGAUAAGACUGGUGAUCAUGGGGUGAUUGUGGUUGGCUUUGGUCAGUCAACAAGGAACGAUGAACUAGUCAAAUAUUGGAUAGUUAGAAAUUCGCAUGGCAAAAGGUGGGGCAAUAAAGGAUAUGGCAAAAUAAAUUUAGCACCAACUCAUGGUAGGUUGCUAGUUCAAAGUGUAUGGAUUGUUAGAGGUCUUGAGAAGAUGUAG